AUGAUUCGAGGAUACUGGAAAUUGAUGAUGAUGCAUUUACGGAUCUGGCGCGGAACAAGAAAAUCUUAUGGGAAACUGGAACAAUCCCAACAUGGAAUAUUGCUCUCUUUUUUUUCGAUUCAUCGCCCGGCCAUUGAUAGUUGGAGUGGUCAUCACUUGAUGACUGACUCAUCUGUCAGGUCGUGGUACUUCGUUUAUGGAAACUUUUGGUUCUUUGUACCUAUCGUUUUCGACUUGAGCUUCGGUUUAGGGAGGUUAGGUUGGUCUAUUAGAUCCAUCUUUUUUGUGGUUUUGCAAACCAAUAUCGGGUUCGAAUUCGCUCGUGAUUGA